UCAGAGGACAUUGCAAGUUUGUAUAUAUAUUUAACUGAAUUUAUUGCUAAAUUGAGAAAUUAAAUUGUUAAAAGAAUGAGUCAAAGACAUAAAUACACAAAAGUUAGAUUAAACAGUUGAAGCUGUUUUAAUCACUACAGCUCAGGGGCGAGAAAAGAAAUGCUUAAGUGGGUGGGCCUACAUUAAACGGGCAAAGUGUAGUGUAUGAAAACGGCAUGUCGAAUUACCAACAGAAAGGUCAGCAUAAAUGUUAAAUACACAAUACAUCUAAAGCACUGAUUAACAUUAAUGUUAAUUUCAACAUUUACUAAUAAUUAUUAAAAUUAAAAGUUGUAUAUGUUAACAUUCACACCUAAGCUAAAACAAAUAACAAUGAACAGUUAUAUUUUUAUUAACUAACAUUAACAAAGAUGAAUUGCUGAUUGUUAAUGCAUUAACUAACAUCAACUAAAGGAAGUUUAUUGUAAAGCAUUACCUCAGUCUGAGACAACUGGGCUUCGCAGAUGAUCUCUGUCUCUGUCAGUUCACGUUCAAAGGAAAGAAAACGUCGAGGACUGUAGAAAUGUGGAGAACAGUAUAUAGCACAUGUGUUUCUUUGCGGAUCAAACACUGUACCUACCUAUGCUAAUAUGAUGCUUCAAAGACGCUUAGCUCAGAGAUUUCCAAUCUAUAAAUUCAUCACCCUGCAGGUGGUCUGGUUUUAUUUGUAGAUGUAGUCUGGAUUCAUUAAUACUGCUUAGUUUCAAAUUGGAUAUCCAAUAAAGUUUGACUCAUUGAUAUUUGUUUCACUACUUUCAAAUUCAACUCCACAAACACACGCGUUUUACUAUUAUGAAAGUGGGUAGCUUCACAACUACUACAGCUCAUGAGGCCACUUUCAAGGGUUUAUGAAAGAUGUUUGUGACAGUAUGUGCAACUUAAGGUCUCUAACACUAGAUGGCAGCGUACUUCAGCAGUCCCGAAGAUAUUUUACGUGUAUACAGGUGAAAAACAUUCUCAUUCUAUCUUAGAGAUAUAAAACGGAAUACAACAAAACAUUUGUUUGUUUGUUUAUUGUUAAGAUUUAAGAUCACUUUUUAAUCAUCAGCAACCAUAAAUAGGAUUAAGCAAAGAAAGUAAAACUGUAGAUUUCAGACUGACACGUCACAUGAUCCUACAGAAAUCAUUCUAAUAUACUGAUUUGAUGCUCAAUAAACAUUUCUUAUCGUUUAUUAUUAUUUUUGUGGAAACCGUGAUACAUUUUUGUCAGGAUUCCUUGAUGAACACACAUUUCAAAAGAACAAUAUUUAUUUGAAGCAGAAAAAAAUGGUAACAUUAUACUGAUCACGUUUGAUCAGUUUCAUGCAUGCUUAUUAAAUAAAAGUAUUCAUUUUUUCCCAAAAAACAAAAACAAAAAAAACAUCUUUUUGAAAAAUAUGCACUAAAAAUAUACUAUUGUAAUUCCCUUGCAUUCUUGAUAUUUGAAGUACUGACAGAAAUGUUCACUCUCAAGAGUGUUUCUUGGUCAUCAGUGUGUAUGUUCACAUACAGACACUAGUCAACUCAUUUUAAGCAUGAGAGAGCGAGUCUAUUGUGCCUGUCACUCUUGUUGCACCAGCAGCUAUCUGAAACAUUUUGAGCACACGGGCUUACACUCAGAGUUAGCACGUCUCUCUCACUAAUAGUGCUCCUUGCAAACAGGCUUAACCAAUAGAACAUCUGCAGAAAAGUUUAAACUGCCUCUGACAGACGCAAUCGCCUGCUGGGAAUGGGAUUAUCGGCCAGGUAAUCCAGAAGGAACAAAGACACCUGAAGGUGUCAUUACCCUGCGGCUGCGACUGUCUCACUGGGCCUGAGUGAGUGUGAUUAACAGUCUGCUGACUGGAUCUCUGACCAGUGGCAGAGCUGGAGGAAAACAGCAAGUUUUACAUUCACCAAUUGAUGACUGCUGUCGAGAGCACUCCGCUUUCUCACUCGAAACGGUCAUCCCAGCAGUCUUUUUUGAGUGCUUCAGAGAGAGUAGGAAUAGCUGGGAGAAUGUUUCUGUGGGCUGGAAGCAAAGGAGCUCAAGGAUCAGGAGGUGAGAGAAGGACCUUUUAUCAGAAGAUUCGAGAGUAUGAUAUUUUGGAGAAGAGAAGGACGGUCACAGCACUGAAGGCUGGAGAGGACAGAGCAAUUCUCUUAGGCCUCAGCAUGAUCCUUUUCUCUGCCAUGAUGUACUUUGUGUUAGGCAUCACAAUGGUGCGCUCUUACUCAGACAGCGUUUGGACAGAGGAGUCAAACUGCACAGUGCUAAACUCUAGUAUAGUUGCUGAGAUUAACUGCAGCUACAGCUGCGGCUCAGAGUGCAGGAAAAGCUCCAGGUUUCCCUGCCUUCAAGUAUACGUCAGUCUGAACUUCACUGGCAAAGUUUUGCGGCUGUCAUACAAUGAGGAGUCCCAUGAGGCCCACCCUGAGUGUUUUUACAUCCCAAAGUGCCGCAAGGAUCACACGCUGAUGCACAGCAUUGUGAUGAACAUCUCAGAGCGACUGAAGACGCACCAGCAGGUUCUGUGUUACUAUGACCCCUUGGAGCAGCAGGACAGCGUCCUCCUGACACGUCUCUAUGGCCGCGGGGCCAUCAUUAGCUCGCUCCUCUGGCCCACGUGCACGCUGGUGGGGGGCACACUCAUCAUCGCCAUGGUGAAGCUCACUCAGUACCUGUCUUUCCUGUGCGAGCAGAUCAGCCGCAUUAAAAGGAUGGGGCUCUAUUCCCUAACAGGAGCUUCUCACACCAAGGUCUGCACUCGGAAGUUUAACGGUGGCAUACAGGAUGGGGUUUGAAUGUUUCCGCAUGCGAAACUGUCAACAGACCUGUUUUCUACAGCGUUUCCACUCUCGUGGUCUUCCUCUGACGCUCCAUCAGCCUUGUUAAUUUGCCAGGUUGUGUUGACAAGGCUGAAGUAAUGUUGUGAAUGAGAACUUCCUGUACCAUUGACUCAAUAGAGCUUCUAGUGGUCAUAGUUGGAACUUCUUACAAUAACACUGGGUCAAGUCCAAUCCUGAAACUCAAGGGUCAAAAUAUGUGGACAUGUUGUGGGGUGUCAAUUACACUUUCUGACCAGCAGAUCGGGGACUCCAUUCCAAGAAGACGCCACUGUGUAGCAAUAUGUCUUGACCAGCUGAUGCUUAUGUAAUCACAGAAAUUAAAAGUAGCAUGUACAUGCUACUGCCAUCAGUGGUGACUGCUGUCAUUCAUGGCUCUUUGACAAACACCUGUGGACCUCUUCAAAGCCAAAGGUCAUAUGUUGAUGGUGACUAUACUGUAUUUCUUAAAGGGAUAGUUCACCCAAAAAAAGAAAAGAAAAUUCUGUCAAUUUAUUCACCCUCAUGUCCAACCUGUAUGACUUAAUUUCUUCUAUGGAAGAUACAAAUAUUUUCUUAACAUUUUUCAAUAUGGUUUCAUUUGUUGACAUUAGUUUACAUGAACUGCUCUAACAAUGGACAAAUUUUCUACAGCAUUUACAAGUAUAUUUUUAAAUCAAAAGUUGCAUCUGUUAACAUUAGAUAAAGGCAUAGUUUGUAAUGCACUAUGAACAAACACAAGCAAUGGACAAUUGUAUUAAUUUGUA